AUGCAAGAUGAAGGCUUCACGACGGUGACGAGACGGUCGCGGGCCGCUGCGGCCGCCUCGGGCUCGAGACGACGCCGUGCGGCGCCAUCGACGCCGUUCACGGCGAUUGAGAGGUGGAUCCGGGAGCUCGGAGGCGAGCAAGGGCGCGCCGACGUACUCGAAUCGAUCCGUACACUAUGGCCCGUCACCCCUCCUCCCUCGUCAUCAUCGAGCAGCACCUCCCACCCCUCCCCGGGCGGGAUGACGGCGGUCCCAACGCGCAUCCUCGCCCUGGGCCUCGGCAGCCUAGUCGAUUCCAAGAGCGCCCAGAUUCAACUGGCCCUCCUGAUCCUCAUCGUACGGCACCUCCAACGCCUCCUCGACGACGGCGACGACGGCGACGACGACGACGACACCACACCCACCUCCGCCGCCGCCGCUAGGAAGAGGAUAAGGGUAUCGGCGUACGAUCCCGUCUUUUCCGCCCUCGACGGCGAGAUCCUCGCUGCGUUUGGCGUCGAGCGCGAGCAAGAGGACAGAGGUGGCAGGUACACGUUCCGGGACGCCGUCGAUGGGCGGCGGCGGCACACGACGACGCUCGUGUACAUGCCGCACUGCGGGCGCAGACUGUACGACCGCAUCCUCCGAUCCAACUGGACUCCGGACGCGCUGCGCAACAUCGUCCUGCUCUGCAACAGCCUCGACCGGUACUGCGACACGAUGCCCGCGCGCAAGAUGCGCCUCGAGUGCCAGGCCCUCGUCCGCUUCGCCGAGGCGCUGAACGACCUGGCGCUCCAGUUCUGGAACUCGGGCGUCGACCUCCCCGCGCCGCUGCCCGCGAUACAGACGGGCGGCGGCGGUCGUGGAGCGUCCAAGAAGAAUCGACGGAGAGGCGGCGGCGGCGUCGGCGCCAGCCCUGAUGCUGGUGCGGCCACGCAGUCACCGUCAGUCGCUGCACGAUCGGAUGGGGACGCGAACGGAGACGACAGAGAGGCGACGACAAGUCAAGGGAAGCGGCAAGACGACGGCGAUGACGGCGCCGACUUUUGGACGCUUUGCGACGAGCCGCCCGUUGCACUCGACGCGGAGGGUGUCGAGAUCCUGCACUGA